AUAAUCAACCGUUCUCGAUACCACCAGCAGCGGGAACUGUGAUACAGCAACAGACGAGUCUGUCAGAGUGAUCCCCGCCUUUCCCUACACUUUUGUAGGCUAUCAAAUAGAAACAGGAACCUGGCUCGAUUGACGUUCACUAGAAAUAAUGAGUGAGUUCUCGGAUUCAGAUUCGGAUUCGUCGGAUAUUGAACAUAUGUUUCGAAAGGCAAGGAACAAUCCGCGUACGAAACCAGCUUCCCUGGAUGAUCAGGGCGAGGGAGAAUCCAGUGAUGAUGCUGGUGUAGAAAUUCACUCGCAUCGGAAAAAAUCCAAACCGACUGUUGAAGAAAAGUUGGCGAGUUUAAAUCGAGAGCGUUCCGAGCAGGACCAGCGUCGUCACCUUUCGAACCGUACCCUGGGCAGCGAUGAUGAGGAUGAUGCCGACGAUGGAGAUGAGAAAGUGGAUCAUGUUAACCUACCACAACGAAACGACAUCAACGGUAAAACGAGUAACAUUGAAAUCAUCGAGGUGUUGGACGAAACUGACGAGCAACAACAAACCUCAACUGCUCAUGCACACAAGGAUGUCACGAUUCUGUUGGACGAUUCUUCGGACGAAGAUGAAUCUAAUCCUAUUGUACUGACUAAGUCGGUGGAAGAUCUCGAACGUCAGGGCGUUAAGGACCAGGCUGCUCUAGCCGCUCUCCAACAGGCUCAAGAGGCCUUGAGCAGUAUCCGAAAAGCUCAGCACGAGAGUCAAGUAGAAGAGAGUUUCUUGGAUCACUCCGUUACGCAUCAAAUUGGUUUGGAUCAUCAUAAACGAAUUAUGCAUCGUCUGUCGCAGAAGGGCCAGCCACAGCAAUCUCAAGAAGGAAUUGAUUUAGCCAUGCUCUACAACCUCCAACAGGAAUUCUUUGCAUCGUCCACAAAAACACGCCCCACCACUCAAAAACGCACGAAUACAGGUGGUACGCUACGCCUGAAGAUUCGGGCUACCUAUUCCCGGCAAGGUAUAGCCGAACGCACUGAGGAUACAAUUUUAGAAAAGGUGAACGAACAGGAUACAUUUCAUACAGUUGCGAAACAAUUUCUGCAUCAAGUUGGUCUCCAUCCCAGCAUCACGACGGUCUUUUUCCGACUCAAUGGGAAGGCGGUUCAAUCCACCAGGACGCCGGCGGCCUAUGGAUUAUCUAAUCUCCUGUUUGUCGUACUGGAAGCAUCCGUGUUGCUGUCUACUUUUGUUACGCCACCUGCAAGUGCUACACCGAAAGCGAACGUUGGGCCUAUGCUGCGUUUGAUCUUACGAUGUGCGGCUCAUGAAGGGAGUAAAGGGGACUCCCAUAUUUUUGAAAGAACGGUAUUUGGAACGGCUGGGCCUGUCAAGCACGAACUCGACUAUCCGCCUGUGCUUUGA